CGAAAGUUAGACUGGAGUGAUACUUCAUUAGAGCCCAGAAUCGCAAUUUUCUCUCACUUUACUGUGGAUUAUGGAACGAAACUAUUCUGAAGAGGAAGAAGACUGUACAGUAUGUUCAGGCCUCCACUUGUUGCGUUCGCAACAUCUUCGACCGACCAAAACUCGGAGGAUCUUGUCGAUUUAGUCGGCGCAACCAUCCUGGUCGACCCCAGUGACUCUGCCGAAGUUCGAAUCGCGGCACAGACACUCAGCCAUGAUUUCGGGCGCGUUACCAAGAGUACCCCUAGCCCGUUGAUUUCUAUUGGACCGCAGCACGGAGAUAUCGACAUCGAAGGGGACACGGCUAUUAUCAUCGGAUGCAUCAAGUCCUCAGCCCUGAUCCAAAGGCUUUUGAGAGACGGUCAACUCGACGUUGAAGGAGUCCGAGGAAAAUGGGAAUCAUUUAGUACUGCCAUUGUUGAAAGGCCAGCCGGCAUUUCUGCCUGUCGCAAAGCCCUUGUCAUUGCGGGCAGUGAUAAGAGAGGGACCAUCUUUGGAACUUAUACCCUAUCGGAGCAAAUCGGGGUAUCUCCCUGGUAUUGGUGGGCCGAUGUGCCUCCCAAAUUUCACCCCAAGAUCUACGCAUUGCCCAUCACAACCUCAAGUCAAGAGCCCAGUGUCAAAUUCAGGGGCAUCUUCAUUAAUGAUGAAGCUCCCGCGCUUACCGGGUUCGUGAUUGAAAAGUUUGGCAAAUAUGGCACGGAGUUCUACAAGAGAGUUUUCGAGCUAUUGCUCCGUCUGAAGGCAAAUUUCUUGUGGCCAGCGAUGUGGCCCGGCUAUCCGAAUCCAGGCAGCUCCUUCUUCGUCGACGACAAUGAGAACCAGAAGAUCGCAGACCAGUAUGGCAUCGUCAUGUCCACUUCUCAUCAUGAGCCCACGCAACGGGCAACCAACGAGUGGUUUGAAACCAAUCCAGACGGCAGUUGGUCUUGGCUCGAGAACAAGCAAAAGAUCACCCAAUUCUUUGACGAGGGACUUAAAAGGGCCGAAGGCUUCGAGAGUUACUUUACUAUGGGAAUGAGGGGCGAGUAUGAUAAAUCCAUGAAAACUGAUGACCCUGCUGCCGUUGUAAGAGACGUCAUCCGCACCCAGCGAUCGCUCAUCAACAAGCUGCAUGGCUGCGAAGAUGCUGUUCCUCAACUUCUGGCACUCUAUAAAGAAGUCCAAGGGUACUGGGACUCGGGCAAUCUCGAUGUACCCGAUGAUGUCACCCUUCUCUUUGCCGACGACAACUUCGGCACCAUUCGCAGACUACCAACAGGAAAUGAAGUCAACCGGAAAGGGGGCUCAGGUAUCUACUACCACUUCGAAUAUGUUGGCACCCCGCGGAGCUAUAAAUGGAUCAACUCCAACUCCUUGGGCAAGACCUGGCACCAGCUCCAAGAAGCCCACCGCCGCAACGCGAAGCAAGUUUGGGUUUUCGACGUCGGCGACAUCAAGCCGAUGGAAAUUCCCUUGUCCUUCGCAAUGACAUUAGCAUGGGACAUAAACUCCAUCUCCUCAAACUCUCUCCCUGACUUCUUCCACUCCCUAGCCGAACGAGAGUUCAACUCCGAAAUUGCCCCUGCCAUCGCCUCAGCUUGGCAUGAAUACGACUGUCUCGUCUCACUCCGGCGUCAUGAGCAUAUCGAAUCCAACACCUUCUCUCUUCUCCACUAUAGCGAAGCGGAUGCCAUCGUCAACCACUGGCAGGACCUCCUAACUACGGUCGAGACCUUGUAUAACUCCUCCAAAUUCCUUGAAGAAUACAAACCGGCCUUUUUCCAACUCGUCCUCCACCCCAUCAAAGCAAGCACCAUCUACCUCUCCCUCCGCAUCCACCAAUCCCGCAACCAGCUCUGGGCCCUCCAGCGCCGUAACAGCACCAACAACGCCGCACGGACAGUUCUUGACCUCUUCGAUGCUGAUUUCAAACUAAGCGAGGAAUUUCAUUCCCUGCUGGAUGGGAAAUGGAAUCAUAUCAUGCGACAGCCACACUAUGGUUAUGGAGAUACUUGGCACGCGCCUAGUCGGGAUAUGAUCAGCGGUCUGUGUUUUGUACAGAGGGGCCAGGAUAGUAAUCCAGUAGUUGGACAGAUGGGGGUCAUGGUUGAGGGACAUGCUGGGGUCAGGCCGGGGGUUUGUAACGAGGAGAGUGAUCGGACGCAUCCUAGCAUACGGGAUUUGGUGCCGGGAGUUACUCUGGGGGAGAUGACGCCAUAUGGGCCGGAGGGGAGGUGGUUUGAGCUGUACACGCGUGGGACUGUGACAUUGGAUUGGGAGAGUUCUGUGUUGGUUGACUGGAUCUGGUUGUCAGAGAGCAAGGGUCGGCUUGUGCCUGGGAAGGCUGAUGUGAGGGUUUGGCUUACUGUUGAUUGGAGUAGUGUUCCGGACGGGUUUGAUGAGGAGGUGCUGAUUGAUGUGCGGACCAAGGGAGGCAAUUAUGGUCCGUACGGGGAUGACUUUGAGCAGAUCCAUCUGCCUAUUAGGCACCGACGCAUCACGCAGCCUUUUGUGGGCUUCGUUGAAAGUGAUGGGCACGUGUCUAUACCAGCGACAAGCAUAGAGGCGCCACCUGCCUAUCGCAAGCUUCCGGAUGUUGGACGUCACUCCGGAGCGAUUGGCCUCAAACCCCAAGUUGAGUCUGAAACAACACUGGACCCGAUCCCUUUUCUUUCGUACCCUUUUUACAUCUUUGACGGACACGGUGAAGUAUCGUUGGGGUUGUACUUCAACAUGACGUUAGAUAUCGAUCCGGAGGAUCCAAUGGAAUACGACGUCCAGAUCAAUGAUAUGGCAGUGCAGACGCACCGACUUGUGUCGAAAGCAGAAGUGGAGGGGGAAUUGAAGCCUGGUUGGUACCACGCAGUUCAAGACUGCGUCUGGAAAAGAUGGCAUGACAUCGGGCGGCUGAAAGCUGGACCACAUGAUGUUCGAAUCCGACUUCGGCAUUCCAAUGUAUUGCUUGAGAAAUUGGUGCUGGACCUGGGGGGCGUCAAGGAGAGCUACCUGGGUCCUCCGCCAAGUCUCCAGAUCACAUAG